AUGAAUAUUUUAUCAAAUUCUAAUAAUAAUAAUUUUAAUAAUAUUAAUAGUAAUAACUAUGAUGUUUUAAAAUCAAAUUUUAUCAUUUUAAAAUCAAUAACAGAGUCUGUUAAAUCUUCAUAUGGCCCCAAUGGAUCAUCAAAAAUAAUAGUUGAUGAAAAUUCAAAAUCGGUUAUUAUAAGUUCAGAUGGUUUUGUUAUAUUAAAAUAUUUUGAUAUUAAACACCCCAUUGGAAAGUUAAUAAAACAACAUUUUUUAGAUAAUAUCUAUUUGCUUUAUGGUGGUGUCUCUACGUCGUUAAUUUUUUCUUGUGCCCUAAUGGAGAAUGCUUUAAAUCUUUUACACCGAGGUUUAGAUUUAAAUUCAAUAAUUAAAGGUUACCAAAUUAGUUUAAAAUAUUCAUUAGAAUAUCUAGAUGAAUUAGAUUCUAUCAAAAUCGAUUUAUAUAAUAAUAAUAACAAUAAUAAUAAUAAUAAUAUUAAUGAUAAUGAUAUUUAUAAAAUAACAAAAAAUCAUUUAUUAGAUAUUUUAAAUAUAAUUAUACAAAAAGGUCAAUCAUCAUUUAAUAACGAUUCUAAUAAUAUUGAUAAUAACGAUAAUAAUUCAGAUUAUAAAAUUUUAAAAAAUGUUAUUGUUGAUGCAAUUAUACAAUACCCAGAUUUUAUAGAUUUAGAGACUAGACUAAAGUGUAUUAAUUUUUCAACUGACCUUCUUUACGAGAACUUUAAUAACUGUAUACAAAAUCAAGAAAACAUCAAUAUAGAUAAUAAUCAAGGAAUUAGAAAAUAUAAAUCAGAAUACUGUUUAGUAGAAGCCGCUUUAAUAGAAAAUGGAUAUCUAUUUGAUUUACCAAAACCAUGCAGUUUUAUAAAAGAGCUUAAAGAAGAAGAACCAAAAGUAAUUUUUUUAAAUUGUUCAUUAACAAGAGAGGACUCAAAUAUGCAAAUCCAAGUAGAGUUUGAUAAUCCUGAAAAACUUUUAGCAUGGAAAAUAGAUGAAGAAAAUUAUUUAAAAUCAAUAAUCACAGACAUUGCAACAAGACUAAAAGUAAACACAAUCAUUUGUACAGGGGAUAUAGACCCAAUUAUUCUUGAUUCUAUAAAUGAAUUUAAUAUAUUGGCAUUUAAAUUUAUACCAUUAAAUUAUUUCAAAAAAUUAGUAAAUAAUAAUAUUUAUAUUAAUAAUAAUAAUAAUAAUAAUAAUAAUAAUAUUAGUAAUAAUAAAAUAAUUUAUAAUUUAGAUGAUUUAAAAUUAAUUAACGAAAAUAAUAUAUCUAAUAAUUUUGAAAAAAUAACUAUAUAUAAUAAUAAUAAUAACGAUAAAAAAAAUAAUAAUUUUUUAAAAUAUUAUUUUAAAAUUAAAAACUAUAUUCAAAAUAAUAUUCAAAAUCAAAAUUAUAAAAUGGAAUAUAAAAUGGAAUAUAAAAUAGAACAAAAGACCAUUUUAAUUUUAACGGAAACAACUAUCUAUGCCCAACAAUUAAAAAAGUAUUGUGAAGAUCUCCUUAUGUCUCUCAAUUUAUUAGGUAGGGAUAGUGAAAGUAGUGGCAAUGAUAUUAACAAUAAAGAUUUUUUAGAUUUUUUUGGAUUUUUUCAAAGUGACGCCAUAAAAAAAAAUUAUCUGAAAAAAAGAUUUUUUGCAAAGAUUUUUAUUGAAGGAAUGGGCACAGCAGAAAAAACUAUAGCAAGAAAGUUGUUAGAAAAAUCUACCCAAGAAUCCUCUCAAUUAAAAUAUCCUAUGGAAGCUUUCUCUCUAUCGCUCAAUUCAAUUUCAAUUUUUUUAGAUAGUUCUGAUGAUGUGAAAAGUAAAAAAAAUAGUGAAAUAAACGAUAUCAUUGGCAAAUAG